GUUAGAUCAGCCCAGAGGUCACCGAGAGUCUGGAUCUGGGGUAGAUGCGGGGAGGGAUCAGGUUUGCGGAGAGGAGGGUCUUCUUUGCGGGCAGUAUUUAGGGAAGCUUUCAGCUUUUUCAGAUAACCAUCAAGGAAAUAGGAGAGAUUUCAUCGGCGCAACAGCACGAUAAGUACUUCACGUCUCGCCCUACAACUCUUCCAGAACAGUCCAGGGCAGCGUCAUUCACAGCAUCUCCCCAUCAAGUCAUCCGCUUCUACAUCUUUGUCAAAGACUCUUGGCCAUCCCUAAACAUGUUUUCCAGUUUCAAGUCCAAGGUCCGAGGAAAGACGAUCAAACGUCUCCUCUCCACCAGUUGCUCUAUCUCUUUCCUGCUCUAUGGCUACGAUGCAGGAGUCCUCGGCGGAGUCCAGGAAACCGAACCUUUUUUGCAUGCUAUGGGGCAUCCAACCGGAACUUAUGUCAUUCCGAUGAUAGCCUCAGCAUACACUCUUGCCGCUACAGUCUGCUCGCUCGCAGUCACUGUUAUUGGCAUGCCGCUUGGUCGACGCAAGUGCAUCCUUCUGGGAAAUGGUUUUGUUGUUGUUGGAGGCAGUCUUCAAGCAUCCGCUUGGUCUGUUCCUCACAUGAUUGUUGGCCGUAUUCUUUGCGGUAUUGGUAUUGGCUUCAUCUCCUGCUCCAUCCCUACCUAUCAGGCUGAAAUGAGUACGAAACACGAAGAGCGAGGACCUGAUGUUGCAGUCACAUGUGUCUUCUUGGUCGCAGGGGCUGCUAUAGCAUAUUGGGUCGACUUUGGCUUCACACGCAUGGACAAUCAGAUAUCUUGGCGGAUACCCAUUGCUUUUCAAGUUGUUUUCGCCCUCUGCGCCGGCACCAUCAUGCUCUUCCUCCCCGACACUCCUCGAUGGUAUUAUGCCAGAGGGCUUGAAGCAGAAGGAGACAACACUCUGUGCCAGAUCUUCGAUGCCGAGAUUCAUGAUGAGAGGGUUCAAGAUAUGAAGAGCUCUAUCCUUACUAAUAUUGCUUUCGAGUCCCAGAACGAACGAGGAUUUAAUCUCCUGGAUCUCGUUUGGGACCGUAGCGAUCUUCGAGUCGGGCGUCGUAUCCGCGUUUCUUUUCUCAUUCUGGCUAUUCAGCAGAUGAUGGGAAUCAACCUCUCUGUCUACUACAGCACCGUUAUUUUUGCACAGGUCGGCCUGUCGCCUUUCAUGGCCCAGCUAUUAGCUGCUAUCAUGAAUACCGCUUUCGCCCUUGGAACUGUUCCACUUAUAUGGACUGUUGAGAGAUUUGGUCGACGAAGCAUCCUCUUGUGGUCUGCUGUUGUUUUGACAGGCUGCAUGGUGAUAUUUGUCACCAUGAUCGGACUGCCCAACCGGACACUCGCAACUCAAUGGACUGCAGUUGCUGCCAUCUUUGUCUAUAACAUGGUGUUCGGUUACGGGUGGAUUGGUAUCUGCUGGCUUUAUGGCCCAGAGAUCGCACCUCUCAAGCUUCGACAUGCUGGUGCUGCCGCAGGAGCCUUUGGAGAGUGGCUAUUCUCCUUCAUCACCGUCUUUGCUGGUGGUAUCGCGCUCCAGAACGUCGGUUGGAAGAUCUGGAUCUGGAUGGCCCUAUCUUGCUUCGCGGCAAUCAUCUUCGUAUACUUCAUGUGUCCUGAAACUACUGGUAAGAGUCUCGAAGAGAUCGACGUACUAUUUGCAAAAGAGGAAAUCAAGCAUACGAUCCUGGCAGAGCAACUCAUUAUGCAGAGUAGCGCAAAGGCUGAGAAGGGCGAGAUGUCAUCAAUACACGUUGAGAACUCUUGAUCUACGUUCCAAACGACUUUGAGGAUGGUAUGUCGGUAUCUCUAUAUUAUGUAUCCUGGUAAAGUAGCGACAUGGCCAAGUAGCUACCCGUUUCCAUAUGGAAACACAGGGUUAUCAAUAUUAUUCUACGUCCCUGAUUUGUUGUUUCUGGAGAUGAUUCCUAAGAUCAGGUGGG